AUGCUAGCCAUUUCUAAAGACAAGAUGGACAUGGACAGUGCUAUCCGUCAGACUUAUGAUGAGAAUUGUGAAGAUAUGGUCACUCAUAUAGGUUGCGUGUCUCUGUUUUGCGAACUUGGUUUGGCAUCUGCAGAGGAUCUGUGUGCUGAAAGGAUUUCCAAGGACAUGGUGUUGGAUGAGGAGCUUGGUGCCACCGUGCUCACUCAUGUUGGUGAUUGUUCGUUGUUCAUUGAGCAUGAUAUGGAUACUUGUCCUGAGUUCCAGGCUAGUUGUUUUGCAAAUAACCCUUGUAAUCAUGGAGUUAGUCUGACCAAGCUGUUGCAAUCAACGGGUUGCACUCAAGAUUUAAAGAGUAUUGGUUCAGUAUCAGUUUAUGGCUUUACCCCAAGCAUCUUGAGUCAGAUUAUCAGGGAAAGGACAACUAAAGGCUUGCACAUCGAUUGGGAUCCUGGAGGUUUCACAAUUGCAAGCUUGCCACUAAAUAGAACUCCCUUUGCUGAACACAACAUUGUUUACUCCAAGAAUAAUCUGCUGAUGAAUUUCAAGGGCUGCGGGGACAACAAUACAAUAGUUCUUGCAGCUGAGCAUUAUUUCCAGUGGGUUGACCUAGGAAUUGUGAUGACUUUUCUUAUGGUGGCAGUGGCCAGUAAUAAUGAACUGCCAGAUAUGCUGAGUUUGCUAGAAGGUGCCACUACUGCUAACGCAUUCGAGAGUCAGCUUCAGUACAAACAGUGGGAUCCAGGCAAUUUGGAGGCUCAGUACAAACAGUGGGAUCCAGGCAAUUUAGAGGCUCUUCCAUGGCCGGAUGGAUAUUCUGUACUAAACAAGAACAAGUGGAAAUUCACACUUGAAGAUCUGUACUCCUUUCAGUCCUCCAAUCAAUUCAUUGACAAUCUGCAGCAAGUUGGAAGAAAAGUGGAAAGUUGUCAAGGGGUAAUACAUGUUACCACAAGGUUCCUAUAUAUGAACUGGAGCUCAACGGUGCUGCAACCGGAGCGAUCCAUUGCUUGGGGGCAAGCAAUGUUUUUUGGGGGCGGUAAUGUCAUGCCCAUCCAUUAUAAUAUUCUGGGCUCAGCGGACAUGGGCUGUGGGCUGACUGCAAUGGGCUUGACAUGUGGUGUGGUGACGAUAAGAACCAAGCUGCGGCUGCGAUGCCAGGGUAUCGAAGAAGUCUGAAGAUUGGAAUAGAACCAAACUCCUCUCGCUA